CUAAAAGCUGAGAAGCUGGUGAUGUUCCAGAGGAGGUACUACAAGCCUGGCAUCCUGCUAAUGUGCUUCAUCCUGCCCACGCUGGUGCCCUGGCACUGCUGUGGGGAAACUUUCCUACACAGUUUCUUUGUUGCCACUUUACUGAGAUAUGCCUUAGUGCUCAACGCUACCUGGCUGGUGAACAGCGCUGCCCAUCUUUACGGGUACCGCCCCUACGACAAGAACAUUGAUCCCCGGGAGAAUGCCCUGGUUUCUUUGGGAUGUCUGGGCGAGGGCUUCCACAACUACCAUCACGCCUUCCCCUACGACUACUCUGCCAGUGAGUACCGCUGGCACAUCAACUUCACCACGUUCUUCAUCGACUGCAUGGCUGCCCUCGGCCUGGCUUACGACCGGAAGAGAGUUUCUAAGGCCGCUGUCUUAGCCAGGAUUAAAAGAACUGGAGACAGGAGCCACAAAAGUAGCUGAGUGUGGUGUCAUUCUAUUUCAAAAGUCAGCUGCUUUUUAAAUGCUGAAAAGAAGCAGCCAUGUUGUAGAGAGUCCCAUUUUAAGAUAGUCUUGUGAAAUAUUCAAAUAUUCAAAGGCUAAAAUAUUCUUUUAUGAUGCUAAGCAGAAAUUCUUCUGUUCUUUGUCUUGUGUUCCAGAGACCUUUUUAUUGCUUAAUCCUACUUAUUACUUUCCUGCUUUUCCAGGAGAGCUGCAGGUGAGAAAUAGGUUGGAAUAGACCUUUGAAAACGCAGCAAAGGUUUUAAAUUAAAGGACCCCACCGAUAGCGCUCUUUCCUUGAUCUCUCUUGAGCCUCAAGGUAGGUGUCUAGAGCUAAAACUCCAACCAGAUCUGUUCUCUGUUAACUUCCAUCAGGCCACAGAAAAAGCGAAAACACACACACAUAUACACACACCCCACCACAAAGGCAACAAAAAAUCCUAACCUUUCCUUGGCACUGAGCUUGCAUUGCAUUAAAACACC